AUCCUUGAUUCCUUUUCUCCAACCCAACUAGCUACCUUCCUCCUUGAACCAAACAUCCUAUCCAAUGAGAAUGUUGUAAUAAUGAUUUUCAGAAGACCUGUGCUUUCAGCAUCUAUGGCAAACAUUGAGUCAUUUUUUGAUACAUUUGUUCAUGGUGCAGCUGAACAAAACCAGACAACAGUCAGUCCAAGAAUUCGUGAUACCAUCCUGAAUCUUACUUUAACAGUACUUGGCCCAAAACUUUCUACGUUGAAUGAGGAAGAAUUGAAGUUAUGGUUCCAGGUUUAUCUUCCUCUUUUCCUGCCAAGUGUUGACUCACGAGCAUUUGAAAUUAUUCCCAGAAAUAUUACGUGUAGCUCCUAUCAGGAGAUUCUCAAAGGGUUCGACAACAUUUUCAAUGAACUUUCAGAAGGACAAACUCAGCUGGUUUUCAUGUUUGCAUUGGACUAUCUCAGGGGACAGUUCCACACAGGCAUCGCUUGUGUUACAUCUGAUAACAGGCGUUGGCUAGAAGACAACUUUGGCUAUUUCAGAUUUCAAGCCUCCUUCAUGGAUUUUUUGUCUUUAAAGAAUGAUUUCAGAGGAGUGGAAGUUGUGGAUGUUCUCACGAUCAGUCAGCUGAGCCAGCUUGCAACAAUUCCCUCACAGCUAAACGGGAUGCAAGACGUGAGGAAGGUCCUGGGAGCAAUCCAGACAGCUGAUUUUGGUGCUUUCUUUGACACGAUCUCACCAGUGAUUGAGGUCCAGUCUGCGAACUACACACUAGAGGUAAAAUCCUCCUUCCUCCAGACAGUUCUGGAAAGAGGAGCGCUGUCCUUCCCUGCUGUUAGUGAUGAAGAGUUCCUGCAGUGGAUGAGGGUGCGGCUGAGGCCUUUUUUGGUCAAUAUUUCACCUAGUCUGGUAGAACGACUUUUCAGCAUUGGGACAAACAGGAGCUGCAACAACAGCCAAGAGAUGAUUACAGUGCUUGACAAGGUACAAAUGACGCUCAGCACUGAAACCAAACAACAGAUCUACAACAAUAUAGUCCUCUUCUUUCAAGGCCUGACAUGGGUAAAGUGUUAUGAAGGUGGAAGCUUUUACCUCUUCCUGAAAAGCAACUACCUCAACUUUGGUUUUCCUGAUGUGGCAACAUUCAUCUCUCUUCUGCCACCAACACGCAAGUCAGAGCUCCUAAAUACCAUCAGCACCUCAGAAAUGCGUCAGUUCCUCAGCCAGCCUGAUGUCACCCAGAACACUUCAAACAUCUGUGCCAUCUUUAACAACUACAACAAAACCUCUCUGUUCCUACAAACUGAGGACGUCCCAGAUGAUGUGAGGAGGAUCAUCCUUCCCUGUGUUUGGCCUUUGGCUCUGAGCAGCAACAGAAGAUCUGAGGUUGAUCUGUGGUUUAACGUACGUUUGAGGAACUAUCUGAGGUUCCUCACCAAGGAACUUCUGAACUCCACUGAGGUGCAAAACGCCUCAUGUCUCUCCUUCCAGAAACUGGUGUAUAUUAUGGGGAAAACUUUCACAUACAACAGUUCAGAAUUUGGACGGAAAGAUGUGUACACCGCCAUCAGAAGCUACCUGACAGCUGGCUCUGGAGCCAGAUGCUACGAUCCCAGCGAUCCAGAGCUGAGUUCUACCUCCUGGUUUGUAAGCUACAUCGGCAGCUUUGUUACGUUUAUCACUCUGGAUGAUCUCAUGAGCUUCAUCUCCAUCUCUCAGCUGGAGAUAUUCCUGGAGGAUAACUCUAAUCUGGAACUCUUCAACAACACAGCCAUCUCUAAAUACGUAACAGGCUACUACAUCACCCAACUCUAUGCAUUCAACCCGAACUUCAGUCUAUUCAAGCUUCCAGGCUCUUUAUUAUGUUCCUCUGACAUCCCAAGCUCAGUAUUUUCCUCUCUUACUGAAUCUGAGACGAUGGUCAUCUUGGAAAAACUGAAGACAUUCUGUAAUGGAACAGAAGAUCCUGAGGUAUCUGCAGCUCUGACAUCCACCAUCAAGACCUUCACAAAGGAAACCUUUGAAGAACUUGGAAGUGCCUCUUCAGCACUGACCAAAGAUCAGAUUCUUACAGUGUCCUCUUCAGUGCUCGUUUCUUCUUUGUCCACCCUGGGCUCUGUGAAAAACUGGGGCCAGGACCGGGCCACCACUAUCAUCCAGUCCAUCACAUCCUCAGGAUUUCAGGUCAACAGCGCAGCCUCUCUGGAGUCCCUGGGAACUCUUGUUGUUGGACUUCACUCAGAGUCAAUUCAAAAGAUCUCAGCUUCCGAAAUACUCAGCGCCUCCAAGAAGCUCAACGUUGUUUCCAACAUGCUGAAAGCCUCAAAGGUCGUCCAGGAGACUUUUGUCAGAAAGAUAAUUUCUGUGGACACAAAUCCAGUUAAAUUGGUGGAGAAUGUCCCUGAUGUCCUAGCAAAUGAGAUCCCACCUUCACUGCUGGUGUUUUCUGAGAGCACAGUCAACAUCAGCAUGAUUAACAAAAAGACGUGGACUGCAGAUCAGUCCACCAUGUUUAUUUGGACAUUGGGUGAUUCAGGCUUUGACAUCGAGCAGCUUUCGCCAUCUGUGCUACAAGGUUUCAGUUGUUCAUUAGUUCAGAAAAUGUCUAAAACCAAAAUCAAGCAGAUGAUUCAUGCCUGUCGACCGAGGAAAGACAGAGCCAAGGUGGACCUGAAGGAACCUCAGCUGACCUGCAUGUACAACCUGAUCCGUGGCGACCUCUCUCAGAACUUCUCUGAUUACCCUUCAGACAUGCUUCUCUACUUGGACUCCAACAAUGUCCAGAAAGCAAACUGCAGGUCCUACUUCUCUGCCCUGGGUGCUGCAGACUUCUCUGUGGCUUCCAGCAUCUUGAACAAGGGCCCACAGAAGUUCAGGGAAGCUAGAGACUGCCUGGGGAUCAAUGGUGUCAGCCUGAGCAGAGACAAUGUGGAGGUCCUGGGGAACAUGGUCUGCACUCUGGAUAGAGCCUACAUUGAGAACUCAGAUCCUCUCAUCCUGGAAAAACUCAAAGCCUGCAAAGACCUCUCUGCCAGCCAAGUGGUUGCUAUGGAAACACUACUGCUGUCUGGGAAAACACAAUACAGAGCUGUUACCAGCUGGGACCAACAGACGCUAGAGGGGCUGGGAACACUUCCUUUGUAUUUAACAAGAAACAUCUGGACACAUUUCACAGCUACAACAAAGAAAAGAUUCCUUAAGGGUUUCAUGCCUGACCUAAGGAAACGAGAAACCCAGAAGGACAAGCUCAAGACCCUGUUUUCAGAGCUCACCCCAACAGUAGCAGAACGAGGAGCAGGGUGCAGUGAGGGGAACAUCACCCAGGUGACCAUCAGCGACCCUUCCUUCCCCUUCGGCUACAAUCAGCUGCAGUUUGAACUCUGCCUGGACGUUCCCAUUCUGAAAGAUAACCUCCACUCCAUCUGCCAGAAAGUGGAUGACGAUGGUUACCAAAGAAUCAUUCUCAAUAAACUCAACCAGGUGACAUGGAAAUAUGUUACUUUUUAAAGAGAAUAAACUUGUUUUGGUGGUAAAAUCCAAGUACAGUGAUCCCUCGCURUAACGCGGUUCACCUUUCGCGGUCUCGCUGCUUCGCGGAUUUUUU